AUGUACCGGCACUUCAAUUGCUUCAUACAAUAGCGAGGCACCUGUCGUUGUUAAAACUGAUAACCCGACCAAAUAAUGUGAUGACCACCACAGUGCUAUAGACUUAGGAACAAUGAGUGUUAAAAUUAACCUAGUUUUAGUUUUAGUAUUAGCUAUAAGUGCGAGUGUGAUUGGACAAGAUGCUGUUGUUGAUUCAGAAAGAACUGUCAGUGACGUCACACCAGUGCCAGAGGAAGCACAAGAUGCAAAACAAGUUGAAGAAACGAGUAGUAAAGUUGAAGAAGAUGAAUUGAUCGAUGAAACGUCUCCAGUGGAAAUAUUGACAGAAGCAGUGGAUUUGCAUAUAAAAAGCAGCAAAUACCAAUCUCUGAACGAUGGUUUGGUUGGUGAGGAACCCGUGGAAUUGGAGGCAGUUAACUUCAAUUCUAACAACGUUGAGAACGAAAAACAACUGAUGCUUCCUCCUACGACGGGGACGACAAACAACGAAUAUGCCCACAUCGACGGUCGAGUGCUGCCUUCCACGACUUACCAAAACAAUGGCCAGCCUUACGUCAUUACCAAUCAGAGACUCACACAGAUCCGCGGCAACUUCUUGUAUUGGUUCUACGACUUAGGAGGCAACGAGAACAUCGGAGAUUACCAACGCGACAUCCACACUUCCACACCACAAAUCCAUAAAAACUUCAACUUCCAACUGCCAUUCUUUGGCUUUAGAUUUAACUACACCAGACUUUCGAUGAACGGAUACAUAUACUUCAGCGAUCCACCAGACCAUUACACUUACCCACUGUCUUUCCCUGUGAGGGACUGGCCGAAUGUCAAUGACCCUUCUUUCAUCGGAAUCUUCUUCAGCAAGUGCCGUAUCGGAAACAUGAGACCAGAGGAUCCUGAUCAGAGACGGCCUGGUGUUUAUUUCAGAUUGGAUAGAGAUUUGCAGACUCGAACUGACCAGCUGGGUGUGGAGAUGCGUGAGCGUGUCACCUGGGACAUCCGUGAGGGUGUGAUCGGCUCCGAAACUUUCUUCCCCAAGCACGUUAUCACUAUAACUUGGAAGAACAUGUCAUUCGCUGGCGGUAUUGACAACUCACUGUUCAUGACAAACACAUUCCAAAUGGUUCUAGCUACUGAUGAAGUGUUCACAUACGCUAUUUUCAACUACUUGGAGAUCAACUGGAGUUCCCACACAGAAGCUGGUGGCGAUACCACCACUGGUGAGGGUGGUGUACCAGCUUACAUCGGUUUCAACGCUGGUAACGGAACUCGCAGCUACGAAUACAAACCAUACUCGCAAGCUUCUGUCCUUCGAGAUUUGACUGGUAGAGGGUGGGCGAAUGGGUUUCCAGGUCGUCACAUAUUCAGGAUAGACGAGAACAUACUCAUGGGAACCUGUAAUAAGGAUAUUGACGGCGCAAAUCUCCCGCUAAUGUUCGCCCCCGAGAGCGGUAAUAUGCUUGGUGGUACGGUUGUAAACAUCACAGGACCUUGCUUCAACCCCAACGAUAGAAUUUCCUGUAGAUUCGAUACUGAAAGAGUCGAAGGAGCCGUCGUGGACGUCAACAGGGCUGUCUGUGUACAACCACGUUUCUACCACAAUGGCUAUGCUAGAUUCGAAGUUGCAAUCAACAAUGAACCUUAUAAGUGGAAGGGACGAUACUUUGUCGAAACACCAGCUACAGCAUCGGAGAAAAUCUUCUUCCCCGACAACGCAAUCCACGAGAGAUACCCACCAGAGAUAAGAAUCACAUGGGACCGGUUCAACUUGACAACAAAUCUUAAUGUGCAACUGCGAAUCAGUCUGUGGGGUUACAAGGAAGUUACCAUCAGGCCCCAAUUAGAGUUCAUCGAUAUGAUUGAGACUGGUGUUGCGAAUACUGGAGAAUACGUGAUCAACCCUCAAAACUUUAGGAACAGAGAAAAUAUUAUGCACAACGACAUGCAGUUUGGUUUUCUACAGAUCAACCUGACGACGCCAGAUAUCUAUAGGGGUAUUUCUAUCUCUCCGAUUCUCUGGAGUCGUCCAAUUCCACUUGGUUGGUACUUCGCACCGCAAUGGGAAAGGCUUCACGGACAGCGUUGGCCUUUGGCCAUGUGCAACAACUGGCUCCGAACAGACAGAUUCCUCAAGAACUUCGCUUCGCAGGUGUCAGUGUGCCCCUGCACCCUGGAACACGCCCUACUGGAUAAGGGCAGGUUCAUGCCAGACACUGCUUGUGACAAGGAUACCAACCCUACUUGCAGAUAUCAUUGGGGCAGCGUGCAUUGUGUUAAGAGUGGUGGACCGAGCGCGGAAGGUUCUGGCCAGCAAUGUUGCUACGAUAAGAACGGCUUCCUGAUGUUAACUUACGACCAGAUGUGGGGCUCCAAGCCGGCCAGGUCCCACGACUUCGGGUUCACACCAUACAACGAAGCUAACAAGGUGCCUUCGCUUUCCAAUUGGUUCCACGACAUGAUCCCGUUCUACCAGUGCUGCUUGUGGCAAGAAGAACAGGCGGUCGGCUGCGAAACACUAAGGUUUGAACGUCGUCCCUCUCAAGAUUGCGUCGCGUACCAAUCUCCAGGAGUAGCGGGUAUAUUCGGGGACCCUCAUAUCAUUACCUUCGACGAUCUUCAGUACACUUUCAACGGCAAAGGUGAAUACGUGUUGGUGCGAGUGGAUCACCCGCAACUAAGACUGGACGUGCAGGGUAGAUUUGAACAAGUCCCCAGGAAUAGGCACGGCCCAGUCAACGCCACGCACUUGACCUCCAUCGUCUCUGCUUCCAACAACUCGGUUCCUAUUGAGGUACGCAUUCGUCCCCAACACGCGCAAUGGAGAUACAGACUCGACGUGUUCGCUGACGGAAAGAGAGUCUACUUCGACAGACCAGCACUCAGAGUACAAUACUUCCCUGGCGUGACAGUCUACCAGCCUAUGUACAUCCUGAACCAGUCGGAGAUCGUGAUCAUGUUCUCUUCGGGUGCGGGCGUCGAGGUGGUGGAGAACAGAGGCUUCAUGACUGCCAGGGUCUACCUGCCUUGGACUUAUAUGAAUCAAACACGCGGUUUGUUUGGUAACUGGUCGCUAGACGUAAACGACGACUUCACGCGGCCAGAUGGCACGAUAGUUGCUGUCGAUUUGAAUAACUUCCAGUCAGCACACAGGGACUUCGCGCAGUUUUGGCAACUUACCGAUCGAGAACAACGAAAUAUAGGCGUGGCGAUGUUCGUAAGAGAAUAUGGGCGAACGGCCGCGUAUUACAACGACAAUCAAUUCAUACCGAACUUUAUACGCGAACCAGCGGACUUCUUACCAGCAAACAGAUCACAGGACGUGGCACGGGCCAUAGAGAUUUGUCAGGACUCGUAUCAAUGCCGAUACGAUUAUGGUAUGACCUUGGAUCGAGACAUGGCGGAGUUUACGAAGAAUUAUUUGUCUUCUAUCACCAACAUAAAGGAGACGAACGCUCGACGUGUGAUUAGUUGCGGUAUAUUGGAAACUCCACGGUUUGGACGGAAGAGUAACUUCUUCUUCACUCCAGGAACACGGGUGAACUUCGAGUGCAACCAGGACUUCAUUCUGAUCGGCGACAACCGACGAGUGUGCGAGGACAACGGCAGAUGGAACCUUCCGGAUUAUGGAUACACCGAGUGCUUGCGUAACCAAGAAUUCUCUCAACGCGCCCUGUUCCUAACCUGGGGCGUCAUAGUGGCAGUUAUUCUACCAUUAGGCCUCUUGAUUUGCCUGCUCUGGUUCUGGUGCUGGCACAAGCCAAGGUCCGAGGGCAAACAGGGAUUCCGAUUCGAAGACAUACCACGUUCAAAAUCCGCGUCUAGACUUAAUCUAAGAUCAACAUCAAUGGGAAAUAUCACGGACACUAUGAAAUCAUCUACUAUGCGUAGUCAGGAUUCCGACGAGAAACCAAAAUUACCAAUCACACCUACCGAGGAAACACCUAUGAAUCGACCAGCUAUCACUAGGGCUGCCCCACCUGCACCCGCUGAUGGUGAGAGCUCUGGCAUAGGAUACCCAGAUUCGGGCAAAAGUGAAUCUGGCAAAUCGGAUAAGAGCUCUAGUUUGCCAAAGAAACGCCGCAAUUACAAUAAAUCUUAUCGUACUAAUGAGCCACUGCCAAACGCUCCUGAUGUCGAGUUCCCAGAGAAACCCUGGGAUCUGUCUGAAGAAGACUUGCUUUCAAUAACUUCCCCGUCUGAUUCCGAAUCUAACAAGGAUUCCACCUUGACCCGUCCUGCAAAGGACAUUCAAUACUUGAGCAGGCCACGUCAGACCGGUCGACACGCUCUCCCCUCUGAUUCUGGUUACUCGACCAAAGAUGGUUCGGAGGAUCCAUAUGCCCCCAAAUACGAAGACCAAUAUAGUCCCGUUCCUUCGCACUAUUCGCCAACUUACUCCGAAAUUUACUCACCCCCUAUUAGCCCUACUUCUGAUGCAAGCCCAAGGAAUACUUACAACAACCCUGGUCUUCCGGAGCCGCCUAAAAGCGCACCAGCUGAUGAAAUAAAAACAUUUACUACUACUCCUCAGAAGGGCAAGCAGGAGUACUCAGCGCGAACCCUCGGUGCCACUUGGGGCAUCAUCAGUGCCGUGAUGGUACCCAUCAUCGUUGUUCUGAUCUGCAUUGGUUGGAGAAUAUUGCAAAGGAGGAAGGCGGAGGAGAGGGAUGAAGCAGACUUCCUCACUAUCAAAACACGUCCAAUCGAUCCAGAUGAGUCCAUGAAGAUCAAUUCAGAUGAUGAGAGUAUACCCUACAAGAAGGAUGUCACCGAAGACAGUCCUGAACCCACUGAGCCCGUCAGGGUUGUCGACAGUGCCGAACCCGGUUUUGCUUACGGACAACCCUAUGAGCAGCAAACGCAACAACCCCAAGCAAGACAGUGGGGUGGCGAAACAGAAAUAAAUUAACAGAUUUCAUUACCUCGGCGAAAUAUGACAGAAUAUUAUUAAUUUUGCACUGUUUGAAAUAGAAAAAUUGUAAUUGAUCUUAAAUGGAUUACUUACUUUAUACUUUUGAAAUAUUUAUUGUUUAACAUAUUAUACAUAUUUAAUAAUUUGUUUUUAUAUCUGCUGAGGUGUGAUCUUCCUAACAAAAGCGAAUGUACCUUUUUGAAUGAUUUUUUAGAAUUAGUUAUUUUUUUACCAUCAAUAUUAUCAUAAUUUCUAUUAGAUUUUUAAUUGUACAAUGUAUUUUAAGUAUUUUAUAUGAAUUACAAGAGUCGUAUUCUUUCCGUAGGUAAAUUGUAAAACCUAUUAAGUAUGUCCAUUAUAGGUACUUAUAUACUUUAUAGAUUACUAUAAGUUAAACUAGCUGAUUCUUGUAUCAAUUUCUACGAAUUAUUUUUUCUAUAUCAGUGUUAUUUCUUUAGGAUAAAACAGUUGUAGUAUUAAUGAAAUCCCACCAGUUGAAAUUAAAAUAUUUACAGUUUAACUACAUUUUUACAUGACAACACCAAAAUGAACUAUUUUAACUUUUCUUGAGGUAUAGGUAACUCUAUAUACCUACCUAUUUAUAAUUUUUUUUUGACCGUUGACGAUUUUGUUACAAUAUAUUUAUAUAUUACAGAAUGUAGAUUGUUAUAAUACAGUAUCAUCAAAAUAACAAGACAAUAGAUAACGUAAUAUUUGGUUAUUAAAUACCUACUGCCCUGUUUAUACAAUGUAGUUAACUGAUGGAUGUGUUGAAAUAAAGUACUUAUUAGUUUUAUUA